AUGGAUGACGUGAAGCUGAGCGAACUUGUCAAGCGGUUCCAGUCGCUGCAGAGGGAGCAGGUGUCGAACCAAAUCACGGAGCGCAACGCGGUCGAGAUUGUCAAUGCGCUAAUUAAGAAAAACCUUAUUGAUCUCCUCUUCACCACAGACGCCAAGGAGUACCUCACCUGGGAUGAACUGAAACGCGAGAUCGUGGACGAGGUGCUAGCCAACGGUGGGCGGCUAAACGUCGUCGACCUACCAGGGCUGCUGAGCGUUCACGCCUUCCAGGUGGAGCGCGUGCUGCCUAGUGUGUUGGAGGAGAACCCCACCCUCACCCUCGAAGGCGGUGAGCUCAUGACAGACGGGUAUUUGGACGCGAUAGUGCUCGCUGCAGGGGACCUCCUGAAGGAACAGGGCUCGCUCGCUAUCUCGCAGUUUGCCUCCAUGAACCAGCUGAGCUCCCUGUUUGCCAAGAGCUUGCUGCACACAGCAAUGGAGCGUGGACGCAUCGACGCCGUCAUGCAAGAUGCGUCGCUCUACACGAAGCAGUUUGUAAAGCUACAGCACAUGGUAGUGCGUGCCGGGCUUCUGGCAGCGGAGGAGCCGGUUCGGCUGGAUGCCUUCUACAAGCGCAACGAGCUCUUCGCUCCACUGAUGAGCACAGUCGUAGCUGAGGUCCGUGACGAGCUCCCUGGGCGCUUUGAUGGAUUAAACAUUUAUGUUCCACUCGUGUACGAGACGAAGCGCACGGUGGAGGUGGAGAACUUGUACGCAUCGAACGGCUAUGUUGAGUAUGCGCCGCUGCAGCGACAGGGGAUUAGCAACCCUCGCCAGUACUUGGUCGAGCGCUACAACCCACCGGAUGCGGCCGCGGCUGAGCAGGGGGCGUCCUCGACUGCCUCGGCGCCGGCGAACCAGCGAAAGGGUCGAAAGAAAGGGCAAGGAGGCAGGGCGGCUGCUAUGGCCAGGGAGGCAGCAGUGCGGGUAACGAUGCGAGCCAGUGCCGAGCACCCCUUGUGUGGGCACCCGCUCGCUAACGGGUUCGUGUCGGAUCGCUACCUCGGCAAUCUGCCCGCCUUGCAGAGCCUGGUGGACCGAGAGGCGCUCGCCGUGGAUGUUGUGGAGCAGCUUCCGCUGUUUGUUGAGAUGGAGAAGGACUGGCCGUUGUUAGAGGGGCGUCUGCGCGAGCUCUACCCUGGGCUGGAGAGCGCCACGCUCAUCACCAACACCGUAUUGCUCUCCGCGACGGCCGAAGAGGAGGUCAAGACGGCCCUUCCACCCGCCUUGGCAAGCGCCAAAAAGUCGAGGGUGCCCGUGAGCACCGCGGCAGCGGACACGAUUGCCUUCGUGCUGAAGCUGCCGCGCGACCGGUAUGGUGAGGUUAUCCGGGAGCUGGUGGAUAUGUGGGGCGAGGUGGUGGAGGCGUUGGAGCAGCAGCUGGCGCUGUCGGCUGCCAAGAAUGCGGCGGCAGAGUUGAAGCAGUCCAGAGGCGCGUUGCAGGAGGAACUCGCAACACGCUGGAUUCAUCUCUGGGUCACCGCGAAAGGGGUGGAGUGGGCUCUCGCCCAGCUUGAUGAGGCGACGUCUGCGGCCAUUGCUCGGCACGUCAUGUCCACGGAGGCGUAUGAGAUGGCGAGGCAGGCCAUCCGCAACGAGAGUCUGGACAAGCCGGUGUGGAGCGAGAAUGUGUCAGCGGCGCUCAAGCAGGUGAGCCAGCCAGCCCAGCUCAUGAAGGCGCUGCUGCCUUUUUCGGAGAGUCGACGCAACAGCCUCCUACCUCUCCUUGACGCCCUUAAAGAAAAAUCGGUUGGGGCGUUCCUCAACACCCUGCGCGAGAUGAGUGGCUCCGGCGUCAUCGCCGUCGCGGCGUUUCACCAGCCGAACAAGAAGAUGGAGCGAGAUAUGUAUGUGAAGAUCAGGGAGUCUGUAGUCGAGGAGGUGAAGGCAGCGUCUGUCUCGAGGGAGGAUGCCACCGCCAACGGCAAGCUUCUCUCCUCACUGUGCACCAUGCUCAUACAUCAUUGCUUUCGGUGCCACGUCGAGGUUCCUGGCAAGGCGGUCGCUGGCGUCGUAGGUCGCCUGAAAUCGGAAGCGGGAGUGCCGUCGACUUUGGAGAGAGCGAAGGACGCGGUAAUGGCCGCUUUGCAACACGGCAGCCUCGAUGAGGCAGGGGCAGUGACGCUGGAGGAGCUUCGCACUGCGACAAUGGCUCUCAGUUGA